UCAAUUCGUCUUCUUGACCGGCCCUCCAAAACCCCCCCAACGGUCUAAGCAUUCAAUCACUUUCAUUUCUCGCCGGAAAUUCAAGAAAAUUUGGCCGCCGGGACGAUGAGUUUCUUGAAAGAGGAGAAGAGGAACAGGGUAUUGAGGUGGAUCAAGACUCUCUUCUUCUUGAUCACUAUGCUAAUCUCUCUUCUCAUGUUCUCGGCGCCGAUUCUCGUCGGGAUCGCCGACGCCGUUCUCCCGUCGGCGCUCCUGUCGGCGUCUUGGUCUCCGGCGUCUCUGUCUUCUAUUCUCAGCAGCUACGACUUCCGGUACUCCCUCGUCGACAUCCCCCUCGUAUCCAUCGUCCGCUCCGCCAUCAUUCUAUGUGUGUAUAGUUCGUGUGACGGCCCAAGUCUAUCGAGGGGGCCGUACCUGGGAAUCGCGACUGUGUGUUCGGUAACGUCGUUAGUUUUCGUGUCGAUUAAGGCGUCGUACGUUUUCGGGAACAGUUCAAGGUCGAGUUACGACGGCGUUAAUGGAGGUCGGGCCGCGGAGAUGGCGAUGUUUGCGUGCUCGUUGGCUAUGGCGAUUGCGCACAUCGUGGUGGCGUAUAGGAUCAGUUGCAGAGAGAGGAGAAAGCUUCUUGUUUACAAGAUCGAUAUCGAAGCUGUAACAGCAUGCAAAAAGGGAUUUUCUAGGUACCCAAAGAAGAUCCAAGAAGAAAGAGUGAAGUAAUUGAAGAACUAUAGUACAUACAUAAACAUAUCCAUUUUUUUGUGUAUACUUUUUUUCUCAGACCAGCCAGUUCUCUCACAGCCAGGUUUCAGGUUUAUCCGAAGGAGAACCUCAUCCUGAUUGGUCUGAGAAUUAUUUUUUUUAUAGUAUAUGUGAGAGCAGAAGUAUAGGAGGAUGCCACAAUGAUUCAUAGCCUACCUAACAUGUACAGAUUUUUGUUGUUUUUAUAAUAAAGUAAUAUUUAAUGGGUAUUUAAUUAUGAUUGUGAA